UUCACUGUAUUCAGAGUAGUAUGUUGUUGCCUAUUGCAUUGGAUCAGAUGUGUCUGUGUGACUGCAUAAGCAGUUAUAGACUUCAUAUUCUGUGUGCUAGGAAUAUUGCAAAGAGGGAUUUUUUCAGACUUCCUGACCCAUUUGCUAAAAUAAUAGUUGACGGUUCUGGACAGUGCCACACUACAGAUACAUGCAGGGCAACAUUAGAUCCUAAAUGGAAUCAACAUUACGACUUAUUUGUUGGAAGAAAUGAUUGUAUAACAAUUAGUAUUUGGAAUCAUCGAAAGAUUCAUAAGAAAAAGCAAGGAGCUGGUUUCCUUGGCUGUGUAAAAAUAAUAGCAAACACUAUACAGAGGCUGAAAGAUACUGGUUAUCAAAAAUUAGAUUUGUGUCGUAGUAGUCAAGAUGACGGCGAAAGUGUACGUGGACAAGUAGUUAUAAGUUUAAUGUCUCGAGAUAGGGGAGGUUCUUUAUCAACGGUUGUUGAUUCGCGGGGCGUGCCAGCAACUAUACCAGCUAUUUUUAAUGGGGCGAAUGAAUUACCGGAGGGGUGGGAGGGAAGGCAAACACCAUCAGGAAGAGUACAGUAUAUUAACCAUGUAACACGGACUACACAGUGGGAAAGACCCACUAGACCGGCAAAUGAAUCAUCUAGUACUAGUCUUGUUAGCACUAGUAGUAGUAUUAGUAGUAGUCGUGCCAGUAACAGUACUUCUAGUAGUUCAAAUAGGCGCAAUAGUAAAAGUAUAACAAACAGUAGUGGUAGCUCUUCAAUGGCGUUGGACAAUAUUCACCAAGCUGGCACUUCAACUGCCUCUGGAGGGAGUAAUAGUAAUGCGGAAAAUGCCCCACAUACGACGGCGUUGUCAUCGUCGUCUGGUAGCGCGGUCAGUUCUGGAGUGCGGAGAUCAAGAUCAACAAGACUUAGGAAUUUUAUGAAUAGGACAGCUUUACACUCUGAAGAGGACCUACCUGAAGGUUAUGAGCAAAGAAAAACAGCACAGGGCCAGGUGUAUUAUUUGCAUAUUCAGACGGGUGUAAGCACGUGGCAUGAUCCACGGGUACCUCGAGAUCUGACGAAUAUCAGUUCUGAGGACUUAGGACCAAUGCCACCUGGUUGGGAAAUGAGAACAACCGCAACUGGCAGGGUUUACUUUGUGGAUCAUAUCAAUAGGACAACUCAGUUUGCUGACCCAAGAUUGUCAUCACAAGUGAUCAACCAAAUGGCUGCAAAGAUUACUGAGGAUUCAAGCCCGGCACCAAAAUAUAAAAGAGAUUUAGUACAAAAAACAAAGAAUUUAAGGACAGAUUUACAGACAUUACAGCCACAGACAGGGCACUGCAGGCUAGAAGUGUCAAGGGAAGAAAUUUUUGAGGAAUCAUAUCGGCAGAUAAUGAAAAUGAGACCGAAAGAAUUGCGCAAGAAGUUAAUGAUUAAGUUUCGCGGUGAAGAAGGCUUGGAUUAUGGCGGCAUAGCGAGAGAGUGGUUGUAUUUACUAUCGCACGAGAUGUUGAAUCCAUAUUAUGGACUUUUUCAGUAUUCAAGAGAUGACAUCUAUACGCUUCAAAUCAAUCCAGAUUCAGCAGUUAAUCCAGAUCACCUCUCCUACUUCCAUUUUGUUGGUCGUAUUAUCGGUAUGGCGGUGUUCCACGGACAUUACAUUGAUGGUGGUUUUACUAUGCCGUUCUACAAGCAACUUCUAGGCAAACCUGUUAGUUUAGAUGACAUCGAAGACGUGGAUCCCGAACAUUACCAAAGUCUCAUUUGGAUGUUAGAAAAUGAUAUUACUGGUAUUAUAGAAAACUCGUUCUGUGUGGAGCACAGUGCCUUCGGACAAAUUACAACUUAUGAUCUCAAGGCAAACGGCAAGGAUAUACUUGUGACGGAAGAGAACAAAAAAGAAUAUGUCAGAUUAUAUGUUCAGUGGCGGUUUAUGAGAGGAAUUGAUGCUCAGUUUCAAGCUCUUAAAAAAGGAUUUGAGGAACUUAUACCACCUCAUCUUUUACGAGCGUUUGAUGAACGAGAAUUAGAGUUAAUAAUCAGUGGUUUAGGCAAAAUAGAUGUUAACGACUGGAAAUCGCAUACACGACUAAAGCAUUGUACACCUGACAGUAAUAUUGUUAAAUGGUUUUGGAGAGCCGUGGAGUCAUUUGAUGAAGAAAGAAGGGCUCGUUUAUUACAGUUUGUGACUGGCACCUCUAAAGUACCAUUGCAGGGUUUCAAAGCACUUCAAGGAUCAACUGGUGCUGCAGGACCAAGGCUAUUUACAAUACACCAGAUUGAUGGUCCAACGGAUGCACUUCCAAAAGCACAUACAUGCUUUAACAGAAUUGACAUUCCACCAUAUGAAAACUAUGAGAAGUUUUACGAAAAACUUGUAUGCGCCGUGGAAGAAACAUGCGGAUUUACAGUGGAGUAAACAAAGUACCAACAGGACUUUUUUGAACUUUUACUAACUGGAGUAAAGACAUAGCAAACUUUAGGAGAUUUAAGAAUUUGUACAGUAGCUGUGAAUAUGCUGACUUAAUCUAGAGACUUUGUUGACAUACUUAUUUA